AUGAAUCCGGAAGAAUUCGAGAAGCUGUCGGAAGAAGACCAAAUUGCUCAUAUCAAGGAUGUAUCCACGGCAAAGUACCACUCUAGCAAUUUCCAAAAAAAGACAACGAACAUCAUGUCUGGACCACCUCCGCCAACGUACACAUGCAAUCGAUGCUACCAACCUGGUCACUGGUACAAGAACUGCCCAAUGGUAAUCACGAUCGAUGCGCGGAUGCGCCUUUUGGUCGCCUUGGCUACGAAGCGAACCACUGGAAUUCCUUCUCAAGAGCUUAUGGAAACGACAGCCGAAGAUCCGCUAGCCAUGCUACAUCCAUCAGGCAAGCUAGUCACAGAAGAAGGUCCUGCAGUGGAACGUGUACCACCGCCAGAACUUACGUGCCCGUUGUGCUCACACCUAUUAAAGGAUGCUGUGCUCACCACAUGUUGCGGUCAUUCUUUUUGCGCUGAUUGUAUCUCCAAUAAACUGAUGGAGUCGACCGACCGCGCAUGUCCGGGCAAAAACUGUGAUCAAAAACAGCUGUCCGUAGAUGCACUGGUGCCAAACAAAACAGUGCGUCAAGCUGCACAUGCAUGGGCUAUAGGCGGACCAGGUUCUGGAAAUCAAGAUCAGGAACAUAUGAGGUUCAGAAUUGGCCUUCAACCGACAGUCACAGUACCAGCUGCAUCUACUCCCCCACCGCCCGUGGUAGUCCCACAAUCGUCGACCUCUGCACCAGUAACAACGACAACGACUACUACUACUACUACUUCUCAUACUUCGGAUACUAUUCCGGGUCAUAACUCACCUAAUCCAUUUGUAGUUGCACCGCCUGUUUCCAUUCCGGUUCCGGCGUCCUUCUCCCAGCCUCCGCCUAAUAUAGUUCCUGGAGCAGUUGCAAGCUCAUCAUCUUCUGGAGACUCAUUGCUUCCACCUGGAACUGCUACAGUUCCUCCUCCUCCUACGAUUAAUUUGCCUCUUCCACAGCCUAUGCACACUGCAGCUGCAACUAGCCUUCCUCCAAUACCUGGAGUGGGUUUGCCAUUGCAAUCCCACAUAAUUGUUCAACCCGCUUCCAGUCAACCCUCCUAUAUAUUCAAUCAGCCGCCACCUAUUUCAACGAUGACCCUCGGUGCUCCACAGCCGCAGAUUAUGGAUGCCUGGGAUGCGUUCCUCCACAGAAAAGAUCGGGAAAGGGAGCGACCUCGCAAACGAAUGAGAAGUCGGAAUCGUUCAUCCAGCUCGACGACAUCAUCUUCUUCCGACGAUCGCAGGAAACGACGUGAACGGCACGAACGAGAAAGGCGUCGUACGCACCGUAGCGAUAAACUAAGAGAAAGGGAUCGUGGACGAGAUAACAGGUUCCGCAAAACAGAUGAACGAAGCGAGCGAAGGGAUCGAGAUAGAGAAAGAGAACGAGAAUAUGCUGAUCGUGAUAGGUAUCGCGAUAGUAGGCCACCACGAUCAGGAAUGUACCAUCCGCGAGGUCGAAAUCUGAAAGAGGAGGAGCCUUUGCCUUCGCUUAUGAGAUUGGAUGUGACUACUCCGCCCUUUAUUGGUGCUUCUGGAGGUGAUAGACGCGAAAAAUCGAGAAGCCGAUCAGCAUCACCCCAGAACGCUCCGGCAGCUUCAUCAAGUGACCGUAAAAAACGUAAGAAGAAGGACAGGUUCAAGAAUGAUCCAAAUUACCGUUCUCGUAAAGCAGAAAAGGAGCCGAAAGCGAGAAGGUUCCAAGAAAGUGAAGACGUAGCGAGAGAAAUCGCCGAUGAGGAAGCUAUAGACGGCACUCUUCGAGAAGUAGCGGAGUUUGUACGAGUAGAAGCCAACUGUGAUGACGACGGAAUUGAAUUUGACAUUGAUGAUACGGAUGUCGUAAGAGAUGUUAUGACCGAGGCUGAAGAUGAGAAGAGCGUCACAGAUACAGAAGUCCCGCCGGAAGAAGCGGUUGAUGUAAGCCAUUAUCUUCACUCAGAAAAAGUUUUCUCUCUGAUAAUUUAG